UUGGCCAUGGCUUCCCUUCUUCAACCAAAUACCAGUCAUUAUGGGCAAAACCAGAACCCAAAAACUCCACGUUCAGCAUCUUUAGAACUGGAAACCAUUGAUAUUGAUCCGGUGCCUGCAGGUGAUGGAGGAGUAAGCGCCGUUAGAAGUACUACGCCGGAGGAGGGUAGUGAUUUCCUGACAUGGAAAGAUUUGUGGGUGACGGUUUCAAACGGAAAGAGUGGUAGCAGAUCAAUACUUGAGGGUGUGACUGGUUAUGCACGACCAGGGGAGGUCUUGGCCAUAAUGGGUCCUUCUGGUUGUGGCAAGUCUACCCUCCUUGAUGCUCUCGCAGGGAGAUUAGGCUCAAACAUAAGGCAGUCAGGGGAAAUUCUCAUCAAUGGCCAUAAACAGGCGCUGGCUUUUGGGACAUCGGCAUACGUAACACAAGAUGAUACUCUGAUGACAACAUUAACGGUGAGAGAAGCCGUGCAUUACUCAGCUCAGCUCCAACUGCCGGACUCCAUGUCCAAGUCAGAGAAGAAGGAGAGAGCCGAUUCGACAAUAAUAGAAAUGGGGUUGCAGGAUGCCAUGAACACAAGAAUUGGUGGGUGGGGAGCCAAAGGCAUCAGUGGUGGGCAAAAGAGAAGAGUCAGCAUCUGCAUAGAGAUCCUCACACGCCCCAAGCUUCUCUUCCUCGACGAGCCAACGAGCGGACUCGACAGCGCAGCAUCAUAUUAUGUGAUGAGCAGAAUAGCAAGGCUGGAUCAAAUGGAUGGAGUUGGAAGGACCAUAAUUGCUUCCAUCCAUCAGCCCAGCAGUGAAGUCUUCCAGCUUUUCCACAAUCUUUGCCUUUUGUCGUCCGGGAGAACAGUAUAUUUUGGUCCUGCUUCUCUAGCCAAUGAGUUUUUCGCUUCCAAUGGCUUUCCCUGCCCGACUCUCCAAAAUCCAUCUGAUCACUUCCUGAAGACCAUAAACAAGGAUUUUGAAAAGGAUCUUGAGCAAGGUGUAGAUGGAAGAACACCCACAGAGGAAGCAAUUGUCACUCUUACAAAGUCAUAUAAAUCAUCUGAGGCGUACCAACAAGUUGGAAGACAAGUAGCUGAAAUAUGUAAACAAGAUUGUGGAGCAGUGGAGAAGAAGAAGAGAAGGCGUGCUAGCUUUAUAACUCAGUGUCUGGUUCUUACAAGGAGGUCUUUCGUGAACAUGUAUCGUGAUCUAGGCUACUACUGGCUGCGCCUAGCUAUCUAUGUGGCAUUAGCUUUAGGCCUCGCCACCAUCUUUUACGAUCUUGGUUCUACUUAUGGAUCAAUUCAGGCAAGAGGUUCACUGCUAAUGUUUGUAGCUACAUUCCUAACUUUCAUGGCCAUUGGUGGAUUCCCUUCUUUCGUGGAGGACAUGAAGGUAUUUGAACGAGAAAGAUUAAAUGGGCAUUAUGGGACAAUUACAUAUGUAAUCGGCAACACAUUUUCUGCUGUUCCAUACUUGUUAUUGAUUUCAUUGAUUCCUGGAACAAUUGCUUAUUACCUUCCUGGACUUCACAAAGGAGCUGAACACUUCAUAUACUUUAUUGCCGUGCUAUUUGUUUGCAUGAUGCUGGUGGAGAGCCUGAUGAUGAUUGUUGCAAGCCUCGUGCCUAAUUUUCUAAUGGGUAUAAUAACGGGUGCCGGAAUUCAAGGGCUCAUGCUUUUAGUCGGUGGAUUCUUCCGAUUGCCAAACGACAUGCCCAAGCCAGUUUGGAAAUAUCCAUUCUACUACAUUGCUUUCCACAAGUAUGCCUACCAAGGGAUGUACAAGAACGAGUUUGAAGGGCUAACCUUUCCGGGCAAUCCUGCCGGAGGGCCACGCACAGUUACCGGUGAAGAAAUUUUGAGGGAUACGUGGGAAAUGGAAAGGGGUUACUCUAAGUGGGUGGAUCUUGCUAUCUUGUUGGGAAUGGUAGUUUUGUAUCGAAUUUUGUUUCUGGUUAUCGUUAAGAGCAGUGAGAAGAUCAGGCCUGCUUUAAGAGCUUUCUUGUCAGCGCCUCCCAAGCAAACAGCAACGGUCAUGGUAAAUCCCUCUGCUACACCUUUACAUGGGGAGAAUCUGUAGAAAAGUGCAUUGAUGAAAGUGUAAUAAUAUUAGCAAAUAAUGUUGAGGAGAUGAAACUCAAUAUUAGAGAAUAUAUAGUGUAACUUGGUUAGCAAGUGUAAUAUUAGAAAACAGUGUAUUUUGACUUCUUAAAUAAGAAUAUAUAUGGGGGUGAUCGCACUAUAACAAUUAAUGAUGGAUAUUCUUACACUCUUUAAUCUUUA